AUGCAAAACGAAGCUCGAGACGGUUACCAGAGGCUUGAGCAUCGCCUGCGGCAGCUAUCGGACAAAGCAGCACAACUUCAGAGCUCAGAGGCCCGGGCCCUGACGGAGCUGGGCGUGAGAAAGGAGGAAGAGCAGAAGUGCGAAGCAGAGUUUCGGGAGCGCGAUCACUUAGUGCAGGCUGAAGUGCGGCGUGCCAACCUGGAGAAAGACCAGAUGAAUGGGGUGCGAAGAACUGGGCAGCAAGCCGCAGAACUCCAGCGCGAGCUGGCAGCCGCACGCAACGAGCUCCAUUCCCAGCGUGCCGCCAACGACGAGAAAUCUGUACAGCUUGUCGACUUGAAGGAGGAGAUGGCAGCAACCGAGUCUGAUGUAGCCGAGCAGCGAGCACGGGCACAGUCCAGUGCUGCCCAGAUGCAAAACGAAGCCGCUGAGGACCGAGAGAAGGCCACCGGGCCCGAGGCCGCUGCAAAGAUCGGCGUCCCGGAGGGUCAGGAGGCUCCUGGCAGCAAGAAUCCUCGCCGUGCGAGUUCUGAUGCACCGAAGGAGGAGGAUGUGCAAGAGCCACCUUCAAACUCGAAAAGUGGCAAGGCAGCCUUGAAGAAAUUGCGGCUUCAGUUGGCGGCACAGGAAGGCAAGAUGAGGCAGACGGAGGCUGCAUCGGCUGAGCGGCGCGAAGCCAUGCGACGUGAGACGCAGCUGCUUGGCACGGACGUCACAGUGCUGAUCAAGUUGUUUCACUUGGGCGCUGGCGACUUGAACAACGAGCGCCACAGCUCAACACCGCAGAAUGUUCAUGCAUUUGAAAGAAUCACCCUAAACUCACCGCAAGCGAUGUUCGUGCUCACACUUUGUGCCAUCGGAUUGCCUACCUUGGUUCAAGCUGGCGGCGAGCUGGCAUUGAUUGGCUUGGGCACCAGCGGUAUCAAGCAGGUGUCCACCAUCGUCAAAGCAAUACGCUUGGGGUACCGGACUAUCGACACUGCUUUGCUGUACGGGAAUCAUGACCUUAUUCGAGAUGCAAUCGAACAAAGCGGCAUCGCCCGUGAUGAGUUUUUCCUGACGUCCAAAGUGGGAUUUUUUCCUGCAUCCUUGGAUCUUCCUAAGGAGCACCAGAAGGCGUUCGGCUACGAGUCUUUGCCAGUGCCUGCAGCACUUCUGCCGGGAUUUCAUCCAUUAAACCGGAAGGGCAAAGAGCUCGAGGCUAUCCGACUGAGCCUGGAGCAGCUGGGCGUUUCCUACUUGGACUUGUGCCUCAUCCACACCCCUGCGACAUCCGCAUUGGAGCUUGCAGCCUCCUUCAUACCCCAUGCGUAUGGACUUUCGGCAGAGUUCCCGAAGUGGUCUGAAGUAUUGGUGAAAGGGGCACUGGCUGCCCUGGCCUCGCAAGAAGCGCAGAAACGGAUUGGCGAAGCAUACGAGCAGCGCAAACGGUCGUGGCAGAAUAUGGAAGAAGCGAAGCGCCUCGGGCUUUGCAAGCACAUCGGAGUCAGCAACUAUCCGAUUGCCUUCAUGAAGGAGAUGGAUACAUACAGGACGGCCCCGAUCUACAACGAACAGCAGGAGCUUCACCCCUUGGCGCAGUUUCGCGACGUCCAGGACUACGCGCGAGAGGCCCAGAUCCGCUUGACUGGUUAUGGCACAGGAGUCAUUGCUUCCAACGCAGUGGCGCGUCAAAUCUCGACACGUCUCGGCCGGUCUCCGGGGCAGGUGUUGUUGCGCUGGGCGGUGCAGAAGGGAAUCGCCGUGACACCGAAGUCGAACAAGGAGAGACGAUUGAGAGAGAAUUUGGAAGUUUUGGACUUCGUCCUCGAAGAGGAGGACAUGAAGUUGUUGGAUGCCCUCGACAAGGAGCACGUUUUCUACUGGAACACAAGCCUCCUUGUGCCGGAUGUUGCACCGGCAGGCUUGCCAAAGUUGCCGAGCCAUUCAGAGUUCUGA